AUGUUAUUUAAUCUGUUAUUAAAUGUCAACGGUAUAACAACCAAAUCGGCUUUGUUAGUAAUCGACGUUCAAUAUGAUUUUGUAAAUGGUUCAUUAGCCGUUAAGGGUGCCGAUGCGAUUAUACCAGUAAUAAAUGAUUUAUAUAAACAAUCAAACGUAUUUGAGUUAGUUAUAUUUAGCCAAGAUUGGCAUUGUGCCCAACAUGUAUCAUUUGCAUCGUCGCACUUAGCAGAUACAACCGGACCGGCUCUGUCUGCCAACGAUCCUCAUCCACCACCAUUUACUACUACACUUAAUUUGACUUAUACGCAACAAGGUGAAUUAUGUGGCUAUCAGGAAAAGUAUUCAUCUAUGGGUGUUGAUUGUACACAUGAAGAUCACACUAGAUUGAUUAAGUCACAUCAAAAAUUAUGGCCUGAUCAUUGCAUUGAAAAUAGUUUCGGUGCAAGAAUUGUCGAUGAAAUUGUUAUCAAUAAAGAACGUGAUAUUAUUGUUCGAAAGGGUACUAAUUGUCAUAUUGAUGCUUAUAGUGCAUUUUUUGACAAUAAUCGUCUUUCACAAACAGAAUUACAUCAAAACCUCCUGAAUGCUGGUAUUACCGAUGUGUAUGUUGUUGGUUUAGCAUUCGAAUUUUGUGUAUUUUACAGUGCAAUGGACGCCAGACUGUUGAAUUAUACCGUAUAUGUUAUUAAAGAUGCUACAAAAGGUAUUGAUGAAUAUGGAAUUAGACAUGCAACUCGAAAAAUGAAAAAACAUGGUAUUAUUUUAAUCAAUAGUAGUCAAUUACUAUCACCAUGGGAGAAUUUAGAUGCUCCUAAUCAUACGGAAGACCUCUAG